CAUGAACAAACGCAAAGCGAAGGAGGACAUACUCUUGGAGUUGAGGGCCAACUCACCCGUGUAGUGAGGGAGCCGUCGAGUGAGCGCAGUGACGAGUGAGUGCGGCUGCGCAGUUUUGGCACCACCAUGGCGUACAGCGGCGGCCAGCCCUACCCGGGUCCGCCUCCAGAAUUGGCCCAUGACGGGCUCACCGCCGGCGCAGGACAUCCUGGUGGGCAAGACACACGUGUGUUGCACACACGUCUGCCCACCCAAAGAGCAAGUGGAUUUGUGGAUGGACAUCUGUGUCGUCACGCCGGUGUGGUGUCUGUCAUGACAGGCGGUGGUGUCCAUCCGAAGCCCGACACGAGCAAUCUGACGAUGGAGGAGCUCCAGAAGGUGCAGGACUCAGUCCAGAAGUUCAUCCUGGAGAGCAAGUACCAGCCUAAGGGCGACGAGAAAGUGCCCUUUAUGAAGGUCGCCAACAUCGCCCUCUUCAGCGGCGUGGCCGGCGGCGUCUUGACCCACCAGCUCCUCAGGCGCACCAUGCCCAGCACCACACCGAUCGGCUACACCAUCCCGAGCGUGCUGACGGGUCUCUGGGUGGCACAGGUGGCCAUGCGGUUCACGCGCAAGUGGACCUUCCAACAGAUACUCGAGAUGGACAGCCCCCUAGGCCAGCGGGCCAGGCAGGCACUCCUCGAAGCCCGCACUGGCGUCCCACACGGACCGCCACAGCAGGCAAUGUCAGUCAAUAUUCAUUGACACGCACACGCACGCGCACAUCCCUAAGUUGACUGACUGACACGUCGGUUCGGUACUCUUCUCCCUCACCGUUAUUUCCUCGUCUGUCUGUCUGUCUGUCUGAUGUGCAUGUCAUGUGUUGUGUCUGUCUGUCAGUGGUUAUGGCCAGCCCGACUACGCCCCUCCCGAUGCCCCCGUGGGCCACCCCGGGCGGGUGAUGCUGCCCUACUACACGGACGGCAGCCCCCGGUGGACACCGCCACCCAGUGACCCCAGCGCACAGCCACGGGGGACGUGGUCAGGUGCCCCGCGAGGCGCCUCAGUACCCAUGUGGCCGACAGAAGGGGUGCCGCACCGCCAGGCAGUGCAUCCCGACAGUGGCUGGGGGGCCGAGGGCAGUGGCGGACAGGAGGGGCCUUCGCCAUGGGCCGACACUCAGGGGUGAGUGAGUGGGUGGGUGGGUGGGCAAACGUACCUUACCAGCACAGAUGAAGUGCGUGCUUGUGUUUGUCUUGGUGGCUGCAUGACGCAGGAGCCCGUGGGGCGAUGCGGGUGCUGGUGCUGGUGGCGGUGGUGCGCCCGGUGGUGCAGGUGGUGGUGCUGGUGGCUACCGGAGUUGGCGUGACCUGCAGCAGCAGCAGCAGCAGCAGGCGGCGUCCCCCCAGCAGCCCCCCGGUGGCACACCGAUGGACAGCGGGUGGGGCCAGCCGCCCAGCGACUUCGGCGGGGGAGGCCAGGAGGGAGAGGGCGGAUUCGGUGCGCACAGACACCAACACGGAACCCAGAGGUGUCCAUCCACCAACCUCACUCAUCCAGGAAUCUCUCUCUCUCUCUCUCUGUGUGUGUCAUGUGUGCAGGUGGUGAGAGUUCAGUGCCUCCGUCGAUGCGCCGGCCCGGCUACCGCACGUGGGAUGACAUCCGAUCGCAGCAGAGGCCACCACCGCAGCACUGACUGACUGAACCAGGGAGCGAGAGGGGGUGGGGGGGCUGCGUGUACGCGUGUGUCUUCAUUUGGGAGCUGGUGGUGCAUGCAUCUCGUCGAGUCUGUGUGAUGUGAUGUAAUGUGCGGUGCGCUUCGGUCGAUUGGCUGUGAGUGACGUGACACCUCGCCGUGCCGUCUUAGGGUCGUCUCUUGGUGUCGGUCUUUCCACGACAGACAAGGCGGGCGACGAUCCAUGCCAUGCACACCGAGCCGAGGGCAGACAGACAGACAAUUGACCGUGCGCGGCGCAUACCAUCGAUUUUUGUGGGUGGUCUGAAUGAAUGACGCACGGGUUCAUGGAUGCCUGCCCUGCAUACCUAGCUGCCCUGCAGUCAGUGGGUCCACACAGUGAGCGAGCAAGGAAGGCAAGGUACGCUGCAGGCUGCCUUGCCUUCCACGUCUGCAUAUAUAUGACACGACAUACAUACAUACGUGGUAUGUGUGUGCUGCCUGCGUGUCCGGCCUGGUGUGAGAGAAGCGGACCGGCCGAUUUUCUGGACGGGACGGAUGCGUGUGGUGUUGGUUGGCGGCUUGCGCGUCUGUGCGUCCGGCUAGCUGUAGAAUGGACCAAUGGAUGGAUGGAUGGAUGGCAGGCAGGCAGGAGGCACGUGUGGUUUUAAGCCGACAAGCGACCGACUCUGCCCACUGUGUGCUUUGUGUCGUGACAUCGGUAUCAACCACCAUCGGUUCGGUUCGGUUCACACACGAGCGACUGAUCAAAUGUAAAGCUUCUAGAU